UUGGAGAAUAAGAUUCAGUUGCAGUUAAGUAUUCAUAUUGAUCUAACGUUUGAAAGUCUUUUUUUUAAAAAAUAAAAUUUAUUUAAAUUUAACUCAAAUUUAACUCAAACUCAAAAAUGAUUAAUACUGGGAAACUUGCUGGCAAAACCCUCUUCAUAACUGGAGCAUCAAGAGGUAUUGGUAAGGCUAUAGCACUUAAAGCUGCUGCUGAUGGAGCUAAUAUUGUGAUUGCUUCCAAAACUGCUGAGAAACAUUCAAAGCUUGAAGGUACAAUCUACGCAACAGCACAAGAAGUUGAAAAAGCAGGUGGCAAAGCUCUUCCAUGCAUCGUUGAUGUCCGUAAUGAUGAACAAGUCAAAGCAGCAGUCGAAGCUGCAGUCAAAGAAUUCGGUGGAAUCGAUAUUGUCGUCAAUAAUGCAUCAUCAAUCUACUUGACAAGUGUCGGCAACACAGACAUGAAAAAGUAUGACUUAAUGAACGGAGUCAUUGCUCGUGGAACAUUUUUGGUAUCCAAAGAAUGCCUUCCAUACCUUAAAAAGUCCAGUCACGCUCACAUUUUAAAUUUGGCGCCAAAAUUCGGCAGUGAAGCUCGUUGGUUCCAAUAUCACACAGCCUACACCAUUGCUAAGUAUGGAUCAAGUAUGUGCACAUUGGGGAUGUCUGAAGAGUUCAAAAGAUACAACAUUGCAGUCAAUGCUUUAUGGCCAAAUAAACUUAUCAGCACAGCAGCUGUAACAAUGCUUGCCGGACAAAACAGCUACGUGAUAUCCAGAAAACCUGAAAUUAUGUCCGAUGCUGCUUAUUUGAUCCUUUCGAGAGAUCCAAAGGAAGCAACAGGCAACUUUUACAUUGAUGACGAGUUCCUUAUUGCCAAUGGAAUCACAGACAUGAAGCAGUACUCAUGUGUGCCUGGAAAUGAGGAUAAAAUUAUGGAACUAGACACUUGGAUCGAUGCAGCUGUUGAGAAAAUGAAGAAAAUUGACAGUUAAAUAAAUUUUAAGAUUUUUUUUAAAGUUA